AUGAUUAAUCUAAUUGUUUGUACUAUAGGAGGUCUAUUCCAUCCUGAGGAUGAUAAACAAGAGGUUGCAUUUCGUUAUGCUGUUGAGAGGGUAAACGCUGACCGCGCCGUUCUUCCUAGAGCCAAAUUAUUAGCUCAAGUUGAAACAAUAUCUCCGCAGGACAGUUUCCACGCGUCGAAAAGAGUAUGCCACCUUCUUCGAAGUGGAGUAGCUGCUAUAUUUGGCCCCCAAUCUGCCCCAGCGGCUGCCCACAUCCAAUCCAUCUGUGAUACUAUGGAACUGCCCCAUCUGGAGACGAGAUGGGAUUAUCGAACACGACGUGAAUCCUGUCUCGUCAACUUGUAUCCACACCCAGCUGCUUUAAGUCGGGCGUACGUUGACCUCGUGCGCGCUUGGGGAUGGAAGUCAUUUACCAUAGUAUACGAGAACAGUGAUGGUUUGGUUCGUUUACAAGAACUUUUGAAAGCCCAUGGUCCAUCAGAAUUACCUGUUGCUGUUAGACAACUACCAGAUUCAUACGACUACAGACCGCUAUUGAAACAAAUAAAGAAUUCAGCCGAGUCUCACAUAGUACUUGACUGCGCUACUGAGAGGAUAAGAGAUGUGCUCCAACAAGCACAGCAGAUCGGAAUGAUGUCGGAUUAUCACAGCUACCUUAUAACGUCAUUGGACUUGCAUAGCGUAGAUUUAGAGGAAUUCAAAUAUGGAGGUACAAAUAUAACAGCGUUGCGUCUCCUCGAUCCCGAAAGAGCGGAGGUACAAAGAGUCGUUCGAGAUUGGGUUUACGACGAAGCCAGAAAGGGAAGGAAGCUGCAACUGGGGCACACAUCGGCUAAGGAAAAUAUGACUUUUAUAAAGACCGAGACCGCUUUAAUAUACGAUGCGGUUCAUUUAUUUGCGAAAGCGUUACACGACCUUGACACUUCGCAACAAAUCGAUGUAAGACCCUUGUCAUGCGAAGCCGAAGACACAUGGCCCCACGGGUACAGUCUCAUUAACUACAUGAAAAUCGUCGAAAUGAGGGGCUUAACAGGCGUUAUAAAGUUUGACCACCAAGGGUUCAGAAGUGAUUUUACUCUCGAUAUCAUUGAACUAACUAGAGAUGGACUUCAGAAAGCCGGUGUUUGGAACUCUUCGGAGGGUGUCAAUUACACAAGAUCUUACGGGGAUAACCAAAAACAAAUAGUCGAGAUACUUCAAAACAAAACCCUUGUCGUCACAACCAUCUUGAGCGCUCCAUAUUGCAUGCGGAGAGAAGCGAGUGAAAAAUUGACAGGGAACGCUCAAUUCGAAGGCUACGCUGUUGAUCUCAUUCAUGAGAUAUCUAAAAUUCUGGGUUUCAAUUACACAUUCAAGCUAGCGCCGGACGGUCGAUACGGUUCUUACAACAGGGAGACUAAAGAGUGGGACGGCAUGAUCAGGGAACUGCUCGAACAAAGAGCUGAUGUUGCUAUAGCUGAUCUCACAAUAACUUAUGACAGGGAACAAGUGGUAGACUUCACAAUGCCGUUUAUGAAUCUUGGCAUCUCAGUGCUCUACCGCAAACCUAUUAAGCAGCCUCCAAACUUAUUCUCAUUCCUGUCACCUCUCUCGCUUGAUGUAUGGAUAUAUAUGGCCACAGCGUACUUGGGCGUAUCUGUACUGCUAUUCAUAUUGGCCAGGUUCACUCCAUACGAAUGGCAUCAAACGCAUACGCCGGACGGAGAAAAAAUGGAAAAUAUUUUCUCCCUCUCCAACUGCUUGUGGUUUGCAAUUGGAUCUCUAAUGCAGCAAAGUUGUGACUUUUUACCCAAGAUUAUAGUGACCUCAGCGAAGUCCACAGCAAACUUUUUCGGGGAUAUGAGAUCAUCUAGAAUGUUUGUAUUAUCGAAAAUUCGGUUCAGCCCGUACGAGUGGGACAGCCCCCGGAACUGUCUAGACGAGCCGCAGGUGUUGGAGAAUCAGUUCACACUGUUGAACUCGCUGUGGUUCACAAUCGGAUCCUUGAUGCAGCAAGGUUCGGAUAUCGCACCGAAAGCCGUGUCAACAAGGAUGGUGGCAGGAAUGUGGUGGUUUUUCACUUUGAUCAUGAUAUCUUCAUAUACUGCUAACCUGGCCGCAUUCCUGACAGUCGAACGUAUGGACUCACCCAUCGAAAGCGCCGAAGAUUUGGCCAAGCAGACAAAAAUUAAAUAUGGUGCCCUCAAAGGAGGAUCUACGGCAGCUUUCUUCAGGGAUUCAAAUUUUUCGACAUACCAACGGAUGUGGUCGUUUAUGGAGUCGGCUCGACCUUCAGUAUUCACGAGCAGCAAUAAAGAAGGGGAGGAGAGGGUUAUGAGGGGGAAAGGUGCUUAUGCAUAUCUCAUGGAAUCUACCACCAUCGAAUAUGUUGUGGAAAGAAACUGUGACCUCACUCAAGUAGGGGGGAUGUUGGAUUCCAAAGGAUAUGGAAUUGCUAUGCCACCCAAUUCACCUUACCGUACCGCUAUAAGCGGUGCUGUUUUGAAGUUACAAGAGGAGGGUAAACUUCACAUAUUAAAAACGAAAUGGUGGAAAGAGAAACGCGGCGGGGGAUCGUGUAGAGAUGAAACAUCAAAAUCCUCAUCCACCGCCAAUGAGUUGGGUUUGGCGAACGUGGGCGGCGUGUUUGUUGUGUUGAUGGGCGGCAUGGGCGUCGCUUGUGUAAUCGCUGUCUGCGAAUUUGUAUGGAAAUCAAGGAAAGUUGCUGUUGAUGAACGGAAGGAAGAGGCCUCUCUUUGUUCGGAUAUGGCCUCUGAGCUGCGUUCAGCUUUGAAGUGUCCGAGUGGUGCCGGAGGGGGGCCAGGGGGGGCGAGGGAGGGCGCUGAUUCCCCCUACUUGCAUUACGGUUUUAGUACUAAGAGUCAGCUACACUAA